CAGGCAGCUCCAACCACUUCUUCCCCGUGAGCGAGCAGGCCGCCAAAGGUGUGCUGUGGGUGUCAUGGUGCGGAACGUGGACGACCUGGAUUUCCACCUGCCCUCGCACGCACAGGACAUGCUGGAUGGCCUGCAGCGGCUGCGUUCGCAGCCCAAGCUGGCCGACGUCACGCUGCUGGUAGGCGGCCGGGAGCUGCCGUGCCACCGCGGCCUUCUGGCGCUGAGCAGCCCCUACUUCCAUGCCAUGUUUGCAGGCGACUUCGCCGAGAGCUUCUCGGCACGUGUGGAGCUGCGGGAUGUGGAGCCGGCCACGGUGGGGCAGCUGGUGGACUUCGUGUACACGGGCCGGCUGACCAUCACGCAGGGUAACGUGGAGGCACUGACACGCACAGCCGCGCGCCUUCACUUCCCUGCCGUGCAGAAGGUCUGCGGCCGCUACCUGCAGCAGCAGCUGGACGCCGCCAACUGCCUGGGCAUCUGCGAGUUUGGGGAGCAGCAGGGGCUGCUGGGAGUGGCUGCCAAGGCCUGGGCCUUUCUGCGGGAGAACUUUGAGGCUGUGGCGCGUGAGGAUGAGUUCCUGCAGCUGCCUCGGGACCGGCUGGCCACCUGUCUGGCCAGUGACCUGCUGCAGGUGCAGCCGGAGCAGAGCCGACUCCAGGCCCUGCUGCGCUGGGUGCGCCAUGACCCACAGGCCCGGGCCUCCCACCUGCCCGAGCUGCUCGCCCUGGUGCACCUGGAUGCCGUACCCAGGCCCUGCGUGCAGCAGCUGCUGGCCACGGAGCCUCUCAUCCAGGAGUCAGAGGCAUGCCGGGCGGCUCUGUCCCAGGGCCAUGGGGAGGUACUGCCCGCCCUCCCACAGAAGCUGGAGGAGGUCCUGGUGGUGGUGGGCGGGCGGGCACUGGAGGAAGAGGAGGCGGCCGAGGAACCCAACCUCUGCCUCGGGAACUUUGCCUUCUACAACACUAAGGCCAAGAGGUGGAUGGCGCUCCCAGACUUCCCGGACUACCACAAGUGGGGUUUCUCCCUGGCGGCCUUGAACAAUGACAUCUAUGUCACAGGUGGAUCGCGGGGCACCAAGACGGACACCUGGUCAACCACCCAGGCCUGGUGCUUCCCGCUGAAGGAGGCUGCCUGGAAGCCCGUGGCAUCCAUGCUGAAGGCCCGUACCAACCACGCCAGCGCUGCACUCAACGGGGAGAUCUACGCCAUUGGCGGCACCACCCUGGAUGUGGUGGAGGUGGAGAGCUAUGACCCCUACACGGACAGCUGGACGCCAAUCAGCCCAGCUCUCAAAUAUGUCAGCAACUUCUCAGCCGCCGGCUGCCAGGGCCGGCUCUACCUGGUGGGCUCCAGCGCCUCCAAGUACAACGCUCUGGCCCUGCAGUGCUACAACCCUGUCACAGAUGCAUGGAGUGUGAUCGCCUCGCCCUUCCUGCCCAAGUACCUGUCCUCGCCACGCUGUGCCGCGCUGCAUGGGGCGCUCUACCUUAUCGGGGACAACACCAAGAAGGUCUAUGUGUACGACCCCGGGGCUAACCUCUGGCAGAAGGUGCAGUCCCAGCACAGUCUGCACGAGAAUGGCGCCCUGGUGCCACUGGGGGAUGCAUUGUACGUGACAGGCGGCCGCUGGCAGGGCAUGGACGGUGACUAUCAUGUGGAGAUGGAGGCCUACAACACUGUGCGUGAUGCCUGGACCCGCCAUGGCGCCCUGCCCCGCCUUUGGCUCUACCACGGGGCUUCUGCAGUCUUUCUAGACGUCUCCAAGUGGACCCAGCCCUUCAGCCCUGCCCAGGAGCCCUAAGGCAGGGAGGGCAUCCCGAGGAAGGGGAUCCCCAGAGCAGCUCUUUAUCACCCCUGUGGACUGGCCUUUUAUUUUUGCUUGUUUGUUCCCUCGGAGCUGCU